UUUCCAAUCCAUAUUAGAUCUGCUCGUUUCUCGCUCCCAAUUCCGAGAAACGAUUUCCCGGAGCUUCACAACGGAGAGUCCUUUGAGCUAAUAUUGAAUGGAGCGAAUUGGGGGUGAUGCCACAUCCGUCUCAUCACCUUUGCCUCAAUGGGGGCAUGAUGCUUGGAGGAUCUAUCAGUAUUAUCUGGAUAAGACCACUCCUCAUACACCAUAUCGGUGGAUUGGAACCCUUAUUAUAGCGGCUAUCUACUGUUUGCGGGUCUAUUAUGUCCAAGGGUUUUACAUAGUUUCAUAUGGCCUUGGGAUCUACUUGCUGAAUUUGCUAAUUGGGUUUUUGUCUCCUCUGGUUGAUCCUGAAGUUGAUGUUUCUGAUGGGCCUUUACUACCAACAAAAGGUUCAGACGAAUUCAAGCCCUUUAUUCGUAGGCUACCUGAGUUUAAGUUCUGGUACUCCAUGACCAAGGCUUUCUGCAUAGCAUUUGUCAUGACUUUCUUUUCAGUAUUUGAUGUUCCUGUCUUUUGGCCUAUAUUGCUUUGCUACUGGAUUGUUCUCUUCUUCCUUACAAUGAGGCGUCAGAUUGCACACAUGAUCAAAUACAAGUACAUUCCAUUCAGCUUUGGAAAGCAGAAAUACACCGGUAAGAAAGCUUCCGCAAGUAGCAAUGGCUCCCGUGGGGAUUGAAGCAUGAUAACCGACUUUCAUCUCUGGUGUAGAUGCAUUUCUGUUAUGGAUCCUUGGUACCCCAGUCAACACGAAUACAAGUUCAGUUGUCCCCUCAUUACGAAACUCAAGUUUUUAUACUCAUUUGUGAUGAAGAAUUUGAUCAAAUUUUUUGCACAACAAAGUAUUGUUUCCCUCCACUGUUAGAUCUUACUAGCAGCUGAUUAUUAGUGUCAAAAGACCAUAUUUCUUAUCAGGAGCCUUCAUUUGGCGUAUCGGAGGCGUAUUUUGGGGGUGUACUCUAUGGUUAAUUGUAAUGACUACAUUUUCUGAAGGCUGUUUCUGUUAUUUUUUAGAA